GGUACAUCCUCCCAGAGCGCCAAUCAGAUCGCUUAUCUCACUUAAAAUUAGAAGGUGAGGAGCUAUUUUCGAUAGUGGUUGAAACUAGACUUCUGGAUGUGCAUAAAUCAAAAAGUCAAACAUAAAGAGACAAGUGAUGAACAUUGCUGAAGUAAUGUUAGAGAAGCGAAGAAACAAAGAUGAGUUUCUCAGAGGAACAGAGUGAAAGAGCAGACUCACCUGUAUUCAGUUCUGUGUCUCUGAAGAGUGAUCAGUCAAAAGAUGAUGUAGUGAACUUCAGCAAGGAAACACCAUCAGCUACCAAAAGUGAAAGAGCAGACUCACCUGUAUUCAGUUCUGUGUCUCUGAAGAGUGAUCAGUCAAAAGAUGAUGUAGUGAACUUCAGCAAGGAAACACCAUCAGCUACCAAAAGUGAAAGAGCAGACUCACUAGUACUUAGCUCUGUGUCUCAGAAGAGUGAUCAGUCAAAAGAUGAUGUACCAAACUUCAGCAAGGAAACACCAUCAGCUACCAAAAGUAAUCAAUGUUGGAAACAGACCGUAAAUAUCUGUUCAGAAUUUAAACAGUGGAAAACUCUAAAAGCACAGAAGGGACUAAAGAGUGAUGCAGAAGUGGCAUCUUAUCUUCUGAACAGGGUUCAACAUGAUACAUCAGACUCAUACUUAAAGAUUCAAAGAAAGUGCAAGGACUUAAAAGAAAAUCUCCUUUGGAUCUUCCAGGUUGUGAAAUUCAGGUCUCAGUAUUCAGGUUGUCAAAUACGGGUUGAGAAAUUGAGGUCGCAAAAUUCGAGGAUGACAUCCAGGAAUGCAAAUUUUUGAAAAGUUCUGCUGCAGAAGAAGCAUUUGAGCAACACACUGAAUUUCUUGGUAAAAAUCCAUUACUGCUGAAAGAACUGGAUCUGAGCCAUAAUAAAUUAGGAGAUCUGGAUGGAGAGAAGCUCUCUGCCCUAUUGAUGGACUCUCAUUGUAAACUGCAGAAAAUGAAGCUGAAUAAUUGUGACCUGACAGAGAAAAGUUGUUCAGCUCUAGCUACUGUUCUCUCCUCUGAUACCGUUCUGAAAGAGAUUGAUCUGAACAACAGUCCUCUGAUGGACUCAGGAGUGAAACAGAUCUGUGAGGGACUGAAGAAUCCUCAAUGUAAAUUGAACAGACUAAAAUUUUCAAACUGCAUUAUCACUGAAGAAGGAUAUAAAGCUCUGUCUUCAGCUCUGAGAUCAAACCCUUCACACCUGAUAGAGCUGGAUCUCAGAGGAAAUGACCCUGGAGAAUCAGGAGUGGAACUGCUCAGUGAGUUACUACAGGAUCAAAACUAUAAACUCUAAAC